CCAGUGGAGAAGCUGAGGUCAACAUCGGAUUUGAAAUAUUUAAGGUGGAUACAAAACUAUUUCAGCAAUGCAGACAAUUCAGUGUGGUGUUGUGGGUGAUGGUGCUAUUGGUAAAACAAGUCUCCUGAUAUCCUACACAACAAACAAAUUUCCAUCAGAACAUAUGCUGACUGUUUUUGACAACUAUGCAGUCACAGUUACGAUUGGUGGAGAACCAUAUACUCUUGGGCUUUUUGAUACUGCAGGGCAAGAGGAUUAUGACAGAUUACUACUACUGAGUUAUCCACAAACAGAUGUAUGUCUAGUCUGUUUUUCAGUGGUCUCUCCAUCUUCAUUUGAAAAUGUGAAAGAAAAGUGGGUGCCUGAGAUAAUUCGCCACUGUCUAAAGACUCCUCUCUUGCUUGCUGGGACCCAAACUUAUCUCAGAGAUAACCCCUUUAUUGAGAAACUUGCCAAGAACAAACAGAAGCCUAUCACUCCAGAGACUGCUGAAAAGCUGGUCUGUGACCUGAAGGCUGUCAGGUAUGUGGAGUGUUCUGCACUCACGCAGAAAGGUCUAAAGAAUGUAUUUGACGAAGCAAUAUUGGCUGCCCUGGAGCCUCCAGAAAGAAGAGCCGCAGGUGUGUGCUGCUAUGAACAUCUCUCCAGAACCCUUUCUGCACAGCUGGUGUUGGCGUCAUACUAAAAGCAAUGUUUAAAUCAAACUAAAGAUUAAAAAUUAAAAAAUUUUUUUGCAAUAAUGACAAAUGCCCUGCACCUACCCACAUGCACUCAUGUGAGACAAGGCCCAU